CCCUGCUCCCCCGGGCCCUCCGGUCCCCCCUCCAUACCCUACUCUCCUGCAAGUUUCAAACACGACUGAAGUCUAUAGCACAGCUCCUGAGCAUCCAACUGUGACUCCCAAGUAUCCUACGACGCCCGGAAACCAAAGAACGACGCUGAAAUCUCCUACCUCACCCGAGGUCCACGAGCAGAGUCUCCCAAGAGGCUAAGGCGGGCUGACAGUGUCUCCUCGUCUCCGGGGGUCUGUCCGGGGCAACUCACGGGCCAGUGGGAGCCACCGCGCCUGAUCGUACCCGUCGACCGGGCGAAUCCCGACAAGGCUCAGGGCAUGAGCGCCUUCGGUGAAACUUCGCCGACGGUUUCGAGCGUCUUCGUCUUCGACGUGGCACCGGGCGACGGCGGGAAGACGUGUACGCUGGUGUUCUUGUUACCUGGUGACGCGUCCUCGCUCAACCUCACGGGCACCGGACAGGUCGAGUUCUCGCGCCUCGACCUCGACGGUGGCCGUGGCCGCGACCACGCUAUCGGCCGGCAGACGACGCACAACAACCUCCCCGACACGGCGCUGUCCUACACGAGGCUCGCCGUCGCGCCCGAUAACGCGUACGUCGUCGAGUCCUUCGCGUGCCCCGCCGACGGCCGCGGCGUAGCCGUCGAGCUCGGCAGUGUGCCCGGCGCCGGCGGGACAGAGCUGCGCUUCCGCCAGAGUAUCGAGCCGUGCCCGCUCGGCUUGUUCAUCGUCGCGUCUGGAGACGAAGGCACGGAGUUGUAAGCACCGAACUGGACGAAAAAAACGAACAGAGGAAUAGAGAAGGGAUAGGAGAAAGGUAAUUUGAACAGCCUCAACGCAUUGUCAGGUUUAGUUUCCACCCGCAUGUUAUAGCCCUCAGCCGUAACGUCCGCGCAUACACACAGGGACUGGAAUGGUAAGAUAACUGGGUUGGAUGGAAGUAAUAGACAGAGUAACAAGGAGGACGCAUCGUUAGUUGAAUAUGUGCAUUUCUUUGUUCCUGACAGUAAUACAUAAAUAGUCCUUUCAAAAUAAACUGAGGAUAGC